AUGGAACGGAUCAGCUCUUUAAACCGAGGGAAGAAAAUGGCUUUCGGAUCCUUUAUCGUUUUCAUGUGUCUGAGGCAGGUCUGGUUGAUGAAGGGUCCGGCGAAUUACCCGGGGAAUGGUGGCAAGGAUUUCUUCAGAGAGGUGGCAGAAUCGGACGGGUAUCGAGGGACUCAGCACCCCCAAGGUUUUGACCGUAUUGAGGGCCGUGCUGACACUGAGCUGGACGCCUGGGGUUAUGAAGUGGUUCAGGGAACCAACAAGCCUUUCUCCUACGUCCGAACCACCAGCUCUGACUCAUCCAUGAGGCGCACCCAGAGCAUGGUGACCAACACGCGAGCACCCUCAAAACCCUCACCCGGAAGGAACUGGUGUGCCUUUGUGAAAUCCAAAUUGUCCUCUACGGUGGUUUCAUGUGGAGUCGAGCGAUUUGUCCAAAGAGCUGUGGAGCCCUGUAUGAGCGGGAUGGUGAAUUGCCCAAGGGUGGUGUACCAACCAGCUCUAAGACCCAUGUACAAGGUGAAGCAAAUGAUUGUGACAUCCUUGGAGUGGAAAUGCUGUCCUGAGUAUACAGGACCCAACUGUGAACACACAGCAGAACGCAUUACAUCAAAUGAUGGCCUGCAGGGGUCAGGCUUGAAGCUGCAUCUUCCACAGGACGAUGUUUCUGCCACCACUGCUUCGACUCAGCCCUUCCAGGAACUCCUGAACAACCUUUCGCAAAUUAAUCCCUCGAUUCAAAACAAGGAAAACAGAACAGAAUUUCUUGCGCUUCAGGAUGUAUUAAAGACUCAUGUUGAAAGUUACUUGAGACAACAUCUUCAUUCCUUGUGGACAACCUUUAACAAAAGCUUGCAGGACCUCUCUGAUAUAGUUCUCAACUUAUCAAAAGAUAUAGAAGUCAACACAAAGAAUAUUAAUGGGCUUUUGUUACAGCGAACUCCUCAAAGGGAACUGGAGGAAAUCAGCACCAAGUUACAAUCAAAACUUGACGAGAACGCUGAUCAACUACAGAAGAUUAAAGACAUGUUAAAUGAUCAACAACAGAAAUUUGAUUAUGAAUUGCAUACCCAGAAGGUUAAUCUUGAUCACAACCUAACCAUGAUUAAAACUGAGACAGAUCUAAAAGUCAAGCGCAGUCAGAAGAUCAUUCAAAUGAAAUCACACCAUCUGGAUAAUGCAACAGCUGAGCUGAAGGAAGAACAAGGCAGACUAUGGCAACAAAUUCACACAUUAAAUCAUCGGCUUUCAAAGAUCACUGAGCUCAAAGACUCAAAAUCAUGUCCAUCAUGCAACUCAAAACAUAUCCACCAAGUCCGAGGAUUGUCAAAGCAGGACUUUGAUCACCUUAGGGAAACCAUUGAGAUACAUUCAAGGAAUCUUACACACUUAAGCAGAAUCUUUGGAUUAUAUCAUCCUAUGUCAAAAGUGCCUACUGAUAUUGAGCAACAGUUGGAGAAGAAUGAAUCAAGUUGUGCACUACUGGUAGCUGGUCUGAAAAGAGAAGUUAAUCAAAAAUUGAAUGACACAAAUAUUGUUUUGCAAGAGAACAUUUUGAGACUGAAUGUUUCCUUUAAUAAUCAAAGUUCAAAUCGGGAGGAACAUCUUUACAACCUUGACAAUGAUGUGAAAGAACUGAAACGAAAGUUAUACAGCAUGCUAGAAGGUGACCAGAUUUGUGACUGUCAAAAUUUAAUUCAGGAUUAUGUUGUAGUUGUUAAUAGCUUAAGGAAUGCCAGUAACUUCAUGGACAAAAUAUAUUUCGACCUGAGUGAUCUUAAACAGCAGGAGCUUGACCUAAGAAUUAAUUUAAAUUAUUCUGUUCAAGAUCUGUUCAGGUCUUUGCAACAAAAACAUCAGGAUGUACAGAACGUCUUGUACUUGCACCAAAAAGAAGUUGGAACUUUGACUGAAAACAUUGCAACACUCAAGAAAAACUUCACAAUGAUUACGGGAGAAAUUAGCCAUUUAAAAAAAAUUGAUGCUACCUUGGAUUCUUGGAUUAAGUACCUCAAUAGUUCCUUCAAUUCCCUUUUGGAAGAUACUUUGAGGCACACAGUCAUUCUGCAGAGUGUAACGGGGCAGGACAUACUGGAGAUCACAUCUGAAGAUGCACCAGGGCUCCAAAAGCUCUCUAUUAGCAAUUUAAAUCAAAACCUUAAUCUGACACAGGAAGACCUUGUUAUUCAUAAAAUGAUUUUGGAAAGUAUCAACAACAGGUUGCAUGUACUUGAACAGUCAAAUGAUAAAAUUAAGGAAUUAAUUAGGUCUGAUCAUAGCAAAAAUGUUUCAAGUGAAAACUCUUCAGAAAUAGCUGACAGAGACCACCGUUCCCUUGAAUACAUGAAACCAAAGUACGAGGCAGUGGAAAAGGAACAGAUGGAUGAUUCAAAAUACGAUUACAAUGAAAUAUCAAGAAUUAAAAAAGACUUUGAGAUAUUGAAUUUGAAAGUAACUAAACUGGAAGCCCAUUGUAAUAGUGAGGACCUUUAUUACAAUCGGAGCUUUGAACAGAUAAAGCAAUUGAUCGUUGAGUCCGUGAACACUGUGCAGUCAGACGUGUCUUCUCUGAAACAGCAUCUUGAUGGUCACAUCUCAAUGUUUCAGAAGCUCAUUGGGAACAGGAGUAAUCUUUUUACGAAUGGGACAUUUCGUAUUGGACGAGGUGGUUUUGGCUCCAAACGAAUGAGGAAACAGCACAGACAAAGUCACGAGGGCAACAAACUGCUGGGGUUUUAUGGAAAUUCCUCAACUGUAGUGAAUCAAAUUAACAUCCCCGAUAUGCAAGAAUCUGAUGUUGCAUUUUACGUGGGACUUACCAACAAUUCAGGAACUGACCUGCCUUUAAAGUUUGACCAGAUAUUCCUGAACUAUGGAGAUGGUUAUUCAAUGGAAAAGGGUUACUUCAGAGCUCCACUCAAAGGUGUUUAUGUGUUUGUGGCAACUGUGGAAUUCAGUCAUGGGCAUGGACUUGGUUAUCUUUCUGUUGAUGGUAUCCACACAAUAACACUUCAUAGUAGCAGAGAAAAACAUCAGCACAACAACUUGGCUUGGGGCUACUCUAUUCUCCAGCUCAACAAAGGACAGCUGGUGUGGAUCGAGGUGACACAAGGGAUUGCAAGUCAACAGACUCCACCAGAAACAACAUUUGGUGGAUUUCUGUUAUUUAAGAUAUUUUAAAGUUUAAUUCCCAAUCUCAAAAAUAGACAGACUAUGAACAGACUCUUCUGUCAAAUUCACAUCUGGAGGUUUCAUUCUGGAAUUAGAUGCUCACUGACCAACAUCCUUUACAUUGCUACACCAUGCUCACUCAAGGUUCAAAAGUCUGAAUGGCCAACUCGUCCUUACUAUUUUGUGAAUAGCUUAGGGUUGUGUUUAUUCAAGUUCCUGUCGAUGCAAUUACACAUGAUUCCAAAAUUACAAACAGAUGUGUCCAAUUACAAGAAAUGUUGAAAUCCAUAUUUAUGUAACAGAUAAGAUUGGUCUGUUGUUGUCAAAUGUACCAUAAUACAGUGAAAAGUGUUGUUUUGCUUUCCAUACAGGGGAAAGCUGAACAGAGUACAGAAUACAGUGUUACAACCACAGUGAAGAUGCAGGAAGAGAGCUCAGAAUUAACAUUUAAGAGGUCUGUUCAAAAGUCUGAUAAUAUGGGAGGAAGAAGCUGUUCUUGGAUCUAUGCGUACAUGUACUCAAACCUUUAUAUCUUCUGACUGACAGAAAAGAGGGGAAGAGAAUAUAACUGGUGUGGGGUUCUUUGAUUAUGUUGGUUGCUUUCCUGAGACAGUGGGAAGUGUAGAUGGAGUCAAUGGCUGGCUUGCGUAAUGGACUGGCUGUGUUCACGACUUCCUGUAGUUUCUUGUGGUCUUGGGAACAGCAGUUGCUAUAUCACGCUGAGAUACAUCUAGAUUGGAUGCUUUCUAUUGUGCAUCCAUGAAAAUUGGUAAGAGUCCUUGGACAUACCAAAUUUCCUUGGCCUCCUGAGGAAGUAGAGAUGUUGUUGUACUUUCAUGACUGUCACAUCAAUGCAUGUGGACCAGGACAGAUUGUUGGUGAUCAUCAUUUCCAGAACUUGAUGCACUUGAACAUCUCCGCCUCAGCACCAUUGAUGCAGAUAGGGGUGUGCCCUCUACUCCACUUCCUGAAGUCAAUGAUCAUCUCCUUUGUUUUGCUGAUGUUGACAGAGAGAUUGUUGUCUUUACGCGAUGCCGCAAAACACUCUAUCUUUUCUGUAUUGUUUCACUAUUGAUUGAGAUUUGACCUAUAAUGGUGGUGUCUUCAGCAAACUUGUAAAUGGAGUUGGGAUGGAAUUUGGCCACUCAAUCAUGACUGUAUAAGAAGUUUAGUAGGGGGCUGAGUAUGCAGCCUUGUGGGGCACCAGUGUUGAGGAUUAUGAAAGAGGUAUUGUCAGCUAUUCUUACUGAUUGAGGUCUUUGGGUCAGGAAGUUGAGGACCUAGUUACAGAGGGGGGGAACCUGAGACCUAGGUCUCAGAGUUUAGAGAUGUGUUUGUUUGGAAUUAUGGUGUUGAAGCUGGUGCUGUAGUCAAUAUAUAGGAACCUGACGUAGGUACCCUUGUUAUCCAGAUUACCAGGGAUGGAUGCAGGGGCCAGGGAGAUGGCAUUUGCUGUGGACCUGUUGCACUGGUAGGUGAACUGGCAAAGAUCAAGGCAAUGUGGUAGGCUGGAGUUGACAUGAGCUAUGACUGACCUCUUGAAACACUUCAUAGUUAUAGAGGUCAGAACCACUGGGCAAAAUUCACUAAGGCACGCCAUAAGAAUUUUCUUUGGCACCAGGAUGAUUAUAGGCAUCUUGAAGCAGGUGGGGGACUUCAGAUCAUAGUAAGGCGAGGUGAAAGAUGUUUGUGAAUACACCCACAGGCUGGUCUGCACAGGGUUUGAGUACACAGCCAGGGACUCCAUCUGGGCCAGUCGCUUUCCAUGGUUUCACUCUCAAGGAGGCCGAUCUAACGUCUGCAGUGGUGACCAUAAGUAGAGGUUCAUCUGGGACUACUGGGAUAAGUGACAUAGUUUUACUAACCUCCUGUUCAAAGCAAGCAUAGAACGCAUUGAGCUCAUCAGGUAGGGAUGUGCUAUUGCCCCAUGAUUCUGUUCGACUUUACUUUGUAGCUCAUUAUGUCAUGUAAGCCUUGCCACAAACUGUGGGUAUCCAUGUGGUUGGUCUGGGUCUUAAUAUUUAUAUUAAGCAUAAUAUUAUCACAAAGACCAUAACUGGACUAAAAUGCUCUUUUUGUCUUAAUUCCUCAUUGUAUAAAGGGGAUAGAUAAGGACCAAGCUAAACUUCAAUUUCCAGAGUCCUUGGUCUAACAGUGGAGACAUCUCAAUGAGAUCUCCUAUUAGUCAAAGGCCAGAAAGAUUCAUAUCUGGCAGCAUCUGUGAAGACAGAAACUAAUUACAGAUCAUCAUAAGCCAUUGUUUUAUACUUGUGCACAUUGUCAAUUGCAAUCCAGUUCCAGAUAUAUUCAAGGAACACAUCUGAUUUUUCAUUCUUGUUUUGCAAGAUACUAACACUAACAGAAGCCUAGCUCUACUUUUAAAAAAAAUUGAAGUGAAAAUUUUAAUAUUUUCUCCAGUAUUCAAUCCAGGUGCUGACCUUUUCUCAGCUCCCUAUUUCAGCAGGUAGAAUUUUAUGUAAACUCACCUCAGGACUUUUUCCUUCCUAUUCCAAGAAAUUAUGUGAGUGGAUGUGACCAAAUCAGCAGAUACAUUGGAUGGUCUUUUGCUGUCAUUUAGUAUAUUUAUCACUUGAUUAUUACAGUUCCUCUAUAUCUUCUUGAUGACAAAAUUGGAAUGAUACUUCAAUCAGAAUUGGCAAACCGUACCAAUCUCAGGUACGGUCGUCCUUAAUUGCAUGAGAAAGGAUGGCGACAAGUAGGAAAUACGUGUAGAGAGCAGCAGCUUCUACACCGAUCAUAUAACUUUGAAAUAUCUAAACAGAAGGCAGGGGAAUAUGCAGAUACUGGCAUCAACAUAAAAGAGAAUCCACAAAUCUUCUACUGGCAAAUAAAAAGUUGAUAAAAGGAUUACGGGUUUGAAUAGGGAUUUCACAUGGAGGCAGAGGUCAUGGUUGAAAUAAUAAUUCAGUAUUUCACACCAGUUUUUACCAAGAAUAUGCACAAGUCAUGACGAUAGAGGAGGUAGUCAAGAUGCUUACUGGUUUCAAUAUUGAUAAAGAAGUGGAUUUUGAUAGGCUAGCUGUACUUAAAAUUGAUAUGUCACCUGGACCAGAAGAGGUGCAUAUUGCAAAUGUACUGACCAUAACUUCCAAUCUUCAUUAGGUAUAAGGAUGGUGCCAGAAUAUUAUGUAAUGAUAAAACUUACACCUUUGUUCAAAAAAAGAUGUAAAGAUAAGUCCAGAAAGAAGAAGGGUUUUUUUGCAUUUUAACCUUGGUGGCGGGUAACUUUUAGAAAUGAUAUUUCAGAAUAAAAUUAAUAGUCACUUAUGCCAUUCAAUUUGUUAAGGGAAGAUUAUGUCCAACUAACAAAUUAACUAAUUCUGUGAUGAGGUUACAGAGGUUAAGGGUGGAAAAUGUGGUUGAUGUGUUGGGCAUAGACUUCUGAAAGACAUUUGAAAGUGUGCAGCACAAUUGAUUUGGAUACAAAGUUAGAGUUUAUGGAUUAAAAGGAACGGUAGCAAUACAGAUACAAAAUUGGCUGAAGAGGAGGCCGGAAUGAGGUUCCAUAUGAAUUGCUGUUGGGAUCCCUUGCUCUUCUUGAUAUAGAUUAAUGGCCAAGGCUUUGCAAUACAGGGCACAAGUUCAAAAUCUGCAGCCACAAAACUUGCAAGUAUUAUGUACUGAGGAUAGCACAGAACUUUAAAAAGAUAUAAGGUGAUGAAAUUGAAUGCAGAGGAGAGAUACAUUUUUGUUCAAAUAAUACACAAACAAUGCAAGAUAAAGAAUACAAUUCAAAAGGACGCACAAGAGAAGGGGUGCCUGGGGUAUAUGUAUACAAAUCAUUAAAGGUGACAGAUCAGAUUGAGAGCAUGGUUUUAAAAGCAUAUGGAAUCCUGGGCAUUACAAAGAAGAACAGUGAGUACAGAAGAAAGUAAGUUCUGACAAAUCUCUCUAAAUAUUAGUUCAACCUCAAUUGGAGUAUCACAUCCAAUUCUGGGCAUCACACACUUGGAAGGAUGCAAGGGUAUAACAGACAGUGCAGAAGAGACCAAUGAAAUGUUUCCAGGGAUAAUGAUCUUCAGUAACGAAGACAAAAUCGGAGAAUCUGGGACUACUCUCCUGGGAGAUAAAGAUUGAAAAUAAAUUUGAUAAGUGUUCAAAAUGAUUGUGGGCAGGCAGAGGGAAUCUGGGCAUAGCAUAAGGAGAAACUGUCACCAGUGGUGGAGGAAUUUAGAACCAGAAGACUCCAAUUCAGGGAAAUUGGCAAAAAGCGUGAUGACAACAUGAGAAAACUGUGUUUGUACAGCAAAUGGUUAGGACCUUGAAUCUAAUGCCUCUGGUGUGGAGGAGACAGAUUCAAUUGUGACUUUCAAAAGAUAGGUAGAGGUUGGUACAAUUACAACAUUUAAAAGGCAUCUGGAUAGGUAUAUGAAGAGUUUAGAGGGAAUGGGUCAAAUACUGGCAAAUGGCAUUACAUUUAUUUAGGAUAUCUGGUCGGCAUGGAUGAGUUGGACCGAAGAGUCUGUUUCCAUGCUGUAAAUCUCUGAUCCUAUAACAAUUGGAUCAUUAGUGAAAGAUAAAAAAAAUUGCAAAGCAGUAGGGAAAAAGUAGGACAGUGUCAAACUGCUGUUGUAGUCAGCUGCUACAGAAAUAACAGGCCAAAUGGCCUCAUCCAGUGCUAUUACAUUCUCUGAUUCCAAGACAAAAUAAUGACUCUAAUUGAUAGUCUGGGGAGAUAAGCAGUUGCUCACAUAUAGAGCGUCAGUCCAUAAAGGUUGCUGUCUUUGCAUUUCAGAUCAAUCAGAUGACCAAUGUUUUGACAGUUUCCUCCAAGGUUUAAGACAUUCAAAAGGCAUCAAAUGUAACCUGGCUCAUUAGCUUUCCUUGGAUUUAAGCUGCAGUUCAGGUAGCUAUUGUGGUGAAGAGUCUUUUCCUGUGUUGCAGAUCGUCACCAUCAUGACUGGAAGACUGGACCAAUGUUAAAAUAUAUUAAAAACUUCCUUGAUGACGAAAUAAUUAGGUCAAAGGGAGAGAAACAAAAAGGAAUGGAGAAUGCAGAAAUGGUUGGGUGUAGAGCCAAGUAGAAGAGCAAAGAAUAAGAGAUGCAUUUAUUGCAAUUGCCAAGUGGCCUUUAAGGUGAUAGUGAGCUGUUUUCUUGAACUGUUGGAAUACAUGAUGGAGUAGGUGCACGUACAAUAUUGUCGAGAGGGGGGAACGUCAAGAUUUUAACUUAGUAACAGUGAAGAAAUGGAAAAUACAGUUCCAAGUCCAAAUGAUUGUGGAUGGCUUUGAAAGGAACUUACAGCAGUGGUGCUCCCUUACACCUUCUUACUUGCUGGUUACUUGCUGCAAUACAUCUUGUACAUGGUAAACACUGCUACCACUGUGCGUUGGAGGUGAAAGAACUGAAUACUUAAUUUGGUAUAUGGGUUCCGAUUAAGACAGUUGCUUGGCACUGCUUGGUGGUAUUGAUUUUCUUGAGAGUUGUUGAACCUGUAUUCAUACAGGUAAGUGGAGAGUAUUCAUUACACUGCUGACUUGUACUUUUGAUCAGUUUUGGAGAGUUGGGAAAUGUGAUAGUUUUUGCAGAAUUCCUAGCCCCUGACCUGCUCUUAUAAUCACCGUAUCGAUCAAGUUCUGAGGCUGAUCAAGUUCUGUUUCUGGUCAAUGGAUUCCUCAGGAUGUUGAUAGUGGCCAUUCAGUGACAGUAAUGUCAUUGACUGUCAAGGGGAAAGGAUAGGUUCUUUUUGAUUUCAGCAUGUUAGUUUUCUAAAAUCAGCCUACUCUUUGCCUGAUUUUGUAAGAUUUACUUGAUAGACCUUGGAAGGUGAGAAAGUAAAUUUUCAGGAUAUUUCAACAUGAGGAAACAAUGUAUAUGAAUAAUCUGUAUACAGUUUAUGAAAGCAGGUUCAAUUGACUUAAUGUCUUCAUCAUAUGAAGAGGCAUCCCUCUUGACUCUGAAGAAAGUGUAACUGGCUCAGUGAGAUGAAUAAUUUUCAUCGUUCUUGGGUUUGGUGUUGGUGGCUAGACCAGCAUUUAUUGCUUAUCCCUAAUUACUUUGGAGAAGGUGGUGGUGGAUGGGGGAAGGAUUUCCUGCAACUAUUCAAUGAUACAUCAACCUGUUUCUCAAGGUAAGAAUUCCAAUAACAGACCACUCAUGGGCAUCGAGUAGCCUGAAAAAUGAGAGGUGGCAAAUAAGUCCAUGUUAAGACAAAAUUGCCCUUACUUUGAAUGUUGCUCAGAUUUUCAUAUCUGCAUAUUUUGAUAUGGUUAUUGAAUUCAGCAAAUUAUUUGCCAUAUUCUUGGCACUGCAGGAAAUCCUUUUGGUCUCCAUUCGAGCAGUCACAUUUUACUGUGUAUAUGGCUAAUCUAAAGACCAAGCAAAAGAACAAAAACAAACAUAGCCAACAGGUCAAUUGUGUACUAAAAUAAUGUUAUUUACUUAAAUGUAAUACAGGACAUAAUCUGUGUACAUGAUGUACCUCUUGCAAAGUAAUUUGUGGUAAACUUAAUAAGGCAUCUUUUACCAGAUGCUGUACAAAAUAGGUUUAUAAAUCAUUACAUUUGGUUUAAUGGUAAUCAUUUUGUUUUACUUGCGAUGACAUAAGCUUUAGAAUAACAUUACUGCUUUAAUCCUCUGUUGUCUGUCAAUUGACUAUGUACAAAUCGGCUAACUAAACUACAAUACUUUGAUUCAUACUUUUUUGUCUAUGCUACAAUGACACAUCAAUAGGGAGAAACUGGUUUGGCAAGCGGCAGAUGGAAUUCUCCCUCCUUUCCUUUUUUAAAAAAAGGCUGAUGAGAGAAAAUAUAGGUGUGAUCAUUUUAAAAAACUGCUUUCAAAUAAACUCCCUGACUUUUUAAAAAAAAAAUAGAUCAGAGCAUCCAUAAUAAAUGUGAACAGGCCACUUAAUUGCUUCUCCUCUCCAGAUUUGCAGAGUCCCUUGCACUUUUAUCACAGUAAUAUUAUUAUCUGUACGGACUCCUGCUCCUCCAUAUGUUGAAUACAUCAUAUAUGGGGGAUGUAAUGUUUUAAAAAAGAGGAAGAGUUUAAAAAGUUGCUUGUGUCAAUUAUACUAAAAUAAUGAAUGACCAGAGGGUGACAGGUGAAUGCAGAGAUUGGCAGCAUUAUUGGUUUUUUUUAUGCUAGUCAUUCAUUAUUCUGUGGUGAUUAAAAAGAAGAUUUAGCACUCUUGGUAAGAAUUCCCUGCAGUAAGUUCAAAAUUAUAAAAGCUGUUCCAUUCCAACAAGAACAUUCUUGAAAAGAACACAAACGAUAAGGCUACAGAUUUCAAGCCAUUCAUGAACAAUGCUUUGAAGGCUUGUGUGGUUCAUAUUUUCUUUUAUAUGGGGCUUUGAUAUUUGUGACCAAAAUCCAAAAUUCACCACCUCCAGUAUGUUGGAAUUCACAGCCUACACAUGCUAACAUAAUGCAAACAUUGAUUAAGCAGGAGUUACAAAAUCACGUCUCACUUGAUAAACGUUCAAGUUUGUUUACAGGGAUUGCAUCUUUCAUGUUCAAACCAAACAGGACAACCAAGGUGUGCAGAUGCCCGUCACUAUAUACAUGGUAUGCAACAAAGACAAUCCUUUUAUAUAAAUGGACCAACACUAUCUUUGUCAAGACCUACUUUGGCUAUCAUAUUUACAAGAAAAGUUUGCAAGAUUUCAACUAUACUACACAAGAUAUAAACAUUAUAUUACAUAACAUCUUACAACACUGUGGCAACUGGAACCUGGCACAAGUUUUCAGCCACUAUUAAUAAGAUUAUUAAUCAGUCAAUUCAUGAUGAUGGUUGGAAUUUCUCAAAUAGACUAAAAUAAACAAGAGUUGGCAUUACAUUUUUAAAAUAAACCAGCAU